AUGUCAAGAGGCAAGGACAAACAGGGCCCCGACGCAAGCAGGUUCGAUAGGUCCCCAGCCCUAGGCACGAACAUGCAGCUACUAAACAACUCGCAAGCUGAACAGGGCAGCCAAGCUGCUGGCAUUGUUGGCCUCGCAUAUGCGACCGAACCGAGGGCCGUCUCUUGCGCCAGGACUGUAGGACGGACAAUGAUCGGACGCCACGAGGAGGGGGGGAAACGUCGUCCAUAUCGAAAGAAACACGUCGGGUACACGCAGUCAGACGAAGCCAGACGAAGCCACGACGAAGACACAACGUCUCUGGCGUGGGGUCGAGGAGGAAAAUAUGGCCAGGGUAGUGGCGGCGAUGGGCAGCGAUUCGCGGGCCUGCUGGGCGGACUGGGGCCGGCAGUAGCAUCGGCCGUGCACAGCGGUUGCAUGUGA